AUGACGACGCAGACCAUGACGUUUGCUGAACGGCGAAUACUCCGACGUCUAAACUUGUUGUUGCUUAAAAAGGGAACGGAACACAGAUGGCAUGUGGCCAGCGGAAUACCAUCACUUUUCGCUCGGCGUGGCAUUUGCUCAUCGCAAAGCUAUAUCAGGUCUCGUUCGGAGUCGAUCGCCAUGCAGGGCAACACUAUGGGUGCAUUUCAUCCUAAUGAAGUCGGUCACCUUGCCGUUUCCAACGAGAUACUUAAGUUAAUAAGAAUGGUCUGCGCUAUCGGCAUCUAA